AUGACUAUAACUAUCAGUACCGGUACCAUCACCACCACUACCACCACCACGACCACCACCACCACUACCACCAACACAAUCACCAUCACCAGCGCCAUCAGCACCGCUGAUACAAUUGUUAGGCAACCAAAUGUAUUAUUAAGCAAACGUAUGGGUGUAGCAAUCAUACGACUAAACCGACCGCACAAAUACAAUGCAUGGACACAACAAAUGUACGACACAGUAGCCAAUGGACUAAACGAUGCGGCAACCGAUGAGUCCAUUAAGUUGGCCCUAAUUACGGGAACCGGUAGUUUCUAUUCGACGGGCAUUGAUUUAAAUAAUUAUGAAAAAUCAUUGAAACAUUUUGAUGGAGAUAUGAAUCAUAUUGUAGACAAUAUGAUCGAAAAGUUUCGGCAAUUUGUGGCCGCGUUUAUCGAUUUCCCUAAACCGUUGAUCGCUGCCGUAAACGGACCGGCCAUUGGUGUGGCGGCCACUACACUGGGACUGGUCGACUGUUUAGUCGCCUCGGAUUCGGCCUAUUUUUCGACACCGUUUUCAUCAAUGGGAAUGUCGGCCGAAGGUUGCUCGACCUAUACAUUCCCGCAGAUUAUGGGCCAAUCAAUGGCCGCACAAAUGUUGUAUUUUAAUCACAAGAUGUCGGCCACUGAGGCCCUGCAGUCGGGAUUUGUGUCGCGAGUCAUACCCAGCGCUCAGUUCGAUGAUUACAUCGAGAGCUGGAUAUUCGCCGAUCGGACCGGUAUUGUCAACACAUGUUAUCCUCAGUCGAUGCGUGCGACUAAAGAGUUGGUCCGAUCGGCGGCCAUACGCCGAGUGUUACAUGAGGUCAACCGUUCCGAGUGUUUGAUACUUCGCGAUCGUUUCAAUUCAGAUGAAUGUCUGGAAGCCAUCGAAAAGAUUUUCGGACGAAACAAACAAAAAUAACUAAAAAAAAAUUAAUUUAGUUUACAAAUAAAAAAAUACUGUAUUUAU